UGCAGUAGAAAUGGGUCCAUUGUCCUCUAAAUGGAUUCAAAACCUUUUUCUGUAAAGACACGAUCCGCCUCUGCUGCUCCUCUCUCUUCUUCUCUCUCUGUAAAAAUGGAAUAUCAAUACGGCAUGCCCGAUCUGCGCCACUCCAUCACCGGCCGCCCUUUAUUCCCCCAAAUCCAGUCUCCGCAGGACUUACUCUCCACCCACCGCCCUCACGACAUGCUCAUAUUCACCUCCGAUUCCGCCGCCGCCGCCGGGAACGCCUUCGAAAACGGCGGCGCGGGGAGAUGGCCGCGCCAGGAGACGCUGAAUCUUCUGGAGAUCAGAUCGAGACUGGAUCCCAAAUUCAAGGAGGCCAACCAGAAGGGCCCCUUGUGGGAUGAAGUCUCAAGGAUAAUGUGUGAGGAGCAUGGCUACCAGAGGAGCAGCAAGAAAUGCAGAGAGAAAUUUGAGAAUUUGUACAAAUAUUACAAGAAGACUAAAGAAGGCAAAGCUGGGAGACAAGACGGCAAGCACUACAGAUUUUUCCGGCAGCUCGAAGCUCUCUACGGCACCACCGAAGCUAACAUUAGUUCAGUUUCAAUAUCGGAAGCAGCAGCAGCUCAUCACACUUUCCCCAACAAGACGGCAGCCGGGGAUCCAACUCCAAAGGCCUCAGACACGAGCCUCAGCCUCUCCAAUUACUCGGACGCCGACACGAGCUCUUCCGACGACAGCGACGAUAUGAAGAAGAGCGGGUGGAAGGUCAAAAUUAGGGAUUUCAUCGACGCGCAGAUGAAGAAAGUGAUGGAGAAGCAGGAGGCGUGGAUGGAGAAGAUGAUGAGGACGAUCGAGGAGAAGGAGAGGGAGAGGGCGAUGAGAGAGGAGGAGUGGAGGAAGCACGACGCCGCCAGGAUCGAGAGAGAGCACAGGUUCUGGGCUAGCGAGCGCGCCUGGAUCGAAGCGCGCGACGCCGCCUUGAUGAACGCACUGCACAAGCUCACCGGGAAAGAGAGCCACAACGAAGACUGGCCGGAAUGCGAAAUCAACAAGCUGAUUCAGCUGACGACGGCAAUGGAGGGGAAAUUCGAUGAGGAGAUGGUUUGGGAGGAAAUCGCGGCGAAGAUGGGUUGUUUUGGGCAUGAGAGGAGCGCUGCGGCUUGCAAGGAGAAAUGGGAAAGCAUCCAUAAUUAUGUGAGCAAGAAGAGAAAAGAUAACAACAACAAUAAUUAUCAAAGCCAUAUUUACUGUGAGCAAGGUUUAAACAAUGAUCAUGGAAGCUCCUCGGGCAUUAGCGAGAGCUGCUUCAGGUACUUCAUGGGAGAUGCUUAUUGAUUGAUGCAGUCAUUGGCGGACACACAGCCAAGGGAGGAACCUAUAGGCUACGCCUAUAUCAUGUGCUCUACUUCUGUUAGUAAUUUUAGUGUAUUAAACAUAAUAUAAUUAUUUUACUUCUAUUUAAGUUCAAAUGUUUAUAUUGGAAAGGUUA